AUGUCUCUGCUAGGCGGAGUUCAGCUUAUUGCGUUAUUGGCUGUUAGUUUCCCAAUCACUCUUCCCCUUAUUGCUAUCAUGUACACAACAACACCUACCUCACAGUACACACACAACACCUACUCAACAGGUACACACCACAACACCUACCAGCCCCGUCCCACUAACUUCAUCAACUCUUCACACAACACCUACCUCACAGUUGGUCAGCUGACAGUCUGUCGUCAGUGGAGAUGUAUCGUCAGGUUGUUACUGACCGGCUGUCGCUGUAUAGAGCUGGACUGUUGGAAGGGACGGCCGCAGGAUGAGGAACCUUACAUCACACACGGCUUCACCAUGACCACAGAGAUACCUUCAAGCGAUAUAGAAAGUGCGUUCAAGACUUCUCCCUAUCCCUCAUCCUCUCCUUCCGAAAACCACGUUGACUCGGCGAAGCAGCAGGCCAAGAUGGCGGAGUAUUGUCAAAGUAUCUUUGGAGACGCCCUCCUCAUCGACCCUCUGGAGAAAUACCCGCUGAUCCCAGCUCAGCCCUUACCAUCGCCUCAGGAGCUGCUGGGUAAGAUCUUGAUCAAAAACAAGAAGAAGCACCACAGAGCGUCCACCAGGGGCAGUCUGGGGAGGAGGACCGGAGAGACGGACAGUCUGAGGAGGAGGACCGGCGAGACGGACAGUCUGGAACAGGCUUCCCCUCUUAACGACUGUCAUUUCAGUGACAGUGAUGGAGGCCAGCUGCCUAUCCAAUGGGGAAGGAGACUGACAGGCAGUGCGGCGUUAAAGACGGAGAAAUUCCUCGGUACUGCUAGUAGUGAGGUGAACGCAACAGAGGAGAUGUCUACUCUGGUCAACUACAUAGAACCUGUCAAGUUCAAGAGCUUUGAGGUCGCAAACAAGAGGAAUAAGUAUUUUGAGAUGUCGUCGUUCGUUGAGACUAAGGGUAUGGACACCCUGAAGAGUGCCCCCAUAGAGUUUGUUGAGUACAAUAAGAAGCAGCUGAGUCGUAUCUAUCCCAAGGGCACCAGGGUAGACAGUUCCAACUACAUGCCUCAACUCUUCUGGAACGUCGGCUGUCAGAUGGCAGCACUCAACUUCCAGACUCUUGGUGAGCUCCUUCUUUUCAUCUCCUUCUCCCUCGUUUCCUCCCCUCGUUACAACCGAGGCUCAAGACUACGUUCCUAA